AUGAAAUAUUCAAAAAGAAUCACCUAUGCAUAUUUGUCAACACCAAAAUUAUAUGUUAAACCAAAGAAAACAAAAUAUGAAAAAGCUGAGGAGACAUUAUCAGAUAAAAGUUCAGAACAUGACGAUACAGAAAACGUUACCCUUCCCUCUGAAGAAAGUGUAAUUGAAGAGGCUGAGAGCUCACCAACUAUUAAUUACAUUUCAUCAAACAACGUUAAAGAAGUAUCAGUCGAAUAUGACGAAUCUAAUGCAGAUUCAAUAUAUGAUAGUAGAAAUAAUGAUCAGUUAUUUGACUCUAUAGAUGUCUUAAUGGACAGUGAUGAAUCUGACGCUACAGAUAAA